AUGGCAGACCGCCCAGAAGCAGUAGCGCACGAUCCUCACGCCAAGCGAGAAGCAAUCACAGGCGCAGAUACCGGCCCAGAACAGCCGUACCCGAUCUAUCUGCAAGGCAGCGUACAAAAAGGCUUUGGACGAGGUAGCAAGGAGCUAGGAUGUCCUACGGCAAAUCUGCCGGAUGAUGCGAUCGUGCAAGUGGCAGAGCUACAGACCGGCGUACACUAUGGCUGGGCUCAAGUGACAUUGUCGGGCUCAGAGACGUCCUCCCUCCGCUCAGAAACCGUCUUGCCCAUGGUCAUGAGUGUAGGCUGGAACCCAUUUUACAAGAAUCAGAAGCGCACAGCUGAGGUGCAUAUCUUGCACGACUUUGAACGUGACUUUUAUGGCUCCCAUCUCAAAGUCAUCGUACUCGCUUUCAUUCGGCCAGAAUAUGAUUAUGCAGGAUUAGAGGCUCUCAUCAAGGAUAUCAACACUGACAAGCAAGUCACGCUCGCCAGUCUUGACCGCCCGGCCUAUCAGGCAUAUCGACAUGAUCAUUUCUUCGACCUCGAGCUGUCGGCCAGAUCGCACAAACAAGCUUAUCGGUGGUACCAUCGCGUUGGUCUCAACUUCUUCAGCGGUCCGACAGCCAAAAACAACACUAGCGUAUCAUGCGGCUCUCGCGCAGCUGUUCGGCAAGCUCCCGAUCUCGCAAUUAUCGCCGCGUGGGCUCACCAGGGUCGUCUUUGCGGCAUACUCCGACGGGUAUCCGAGAGCUCUGGCCCGUCCAAGGGUGGCUUUUCGCGCAGACCGAGGGAGAACUAUCGCGCUCCUCAAUCAUACACCUCGCCGUUUCGCCGCGUAGAGAGUGGCGCCAAUGUUUGUUUUGCAGCGCGAGCUCACAACAAAUCUGCGUAUCGGGAAGUACAAGUAGGAGCUCGGCCUGUUCGCUCUUCUUCAACCCAGACUAUCGGCCGACUUCGAGCGUACGACUUAGAUUCGUCACUGCACUUGCUAGACUCACCACAUACGUCCACACGACACCACUAUCACUUUCAGAUCAUGUUCAAGGCAACUUUCUUCGGCCUCGCCGCCCUCGCCCUCGCUGGCUCUGCACUCGCAUCCGCUUCUCCAGUUGCCGGUAAGCAUAGCUCUGAAGAUACACUGGCAUCGCUGCUCAAUUCGUUGAGCGUGCAGAGCUCUCUGCCUUUGAGGAAUCUGCCGGUCUCGAAAAGCGUGCCCGUCACCACCAUCACCACCACCGUCGUCCCCACCACCACAGAAAGCCUCAUCACACAGGAGGUUGCCACCGUGACUCCCAGUGCUCAACCAACGCACCCAAUGCCUAUGCCAAAUGCCACAAGCGCAAGUGUAUCGCACUAUGCGAUCACGGCUAUGCCUCUGUCAACCACCAAUGUGUCCUCAAAUCGCAGAACUGCACCAAGCACUCCUGCAAGUAUAUCGAAGGCGGUAUGUCGACUUGCUCGAAGAACGCCUCUGGCGCACCUACUUGCUCAUACACUUGUGAUAACCCAUCGGCUGUUCGUCUCGGUACAAGCUACGGCUACAAGUGCCAGGUCAGCAGCACACAGCCAGGCAAAUGCUCCACGACCACUUGCCAGAAGUGCUACAUGGGCGUCCCGUGCACAUACUCUUGCAAGGCCGGCCAAUGCUCAGCAACUUGCCCGAGCGGCCAGCCAGCCACUUACAAGAACGGUGUGCCGUACUGCUCUUGAGCAGCGCCUUACCUAUUUCACUUCGUUUCUGGUCAGCUUGGCGAUAGAACAACGCCUCGAAAAUCGAUACGAUCUCGCCCCUUUUUUGUUUACGCUUCACGACGAGAGAGAAACUCCCGCGCUGGUCGAGUCACAUGUUCAUCUGCUUGACGAUUUCGCAAAGGGCGCUAGAGGUCUCUUUUCGAGCCUUUGUAAAGGGCCUGUUGGUCGGGGAUGUAUUCUGUUUUCAUUUUGUUUAACCUACUCUCUCUCUCUCUGGUAUCGGGUCACAGCUGUUUUCCGCAUUCUCAAUGGAUGGCGUCGAGAACCAAGUGUGCAAUUCGGGAUACACUGA